GUUCAGGUACCUAACUACUGAUCAACACAGCUUCCUCGUGACAACACCUUCUCUCCUUCAUCACGUUUCAGCAACACCUUUUUUUUCUUUAAUUGCUAAUCACUGAACUCACACCUUACGAGCUUCAGCAAACCGUUCUUGGAUUAAUUUAUCAUUUCUUGAAACCCUUCAAGUAUCCCUUCUUUCUUGUACUAGGUACCACACAACAGGAUAACCUAGUUCGAGCCAUCACAGCCCAACACCAUCUCAUAAACUACCGGUGUUUACAACCCAACCCAAAAAGGACAUUAUUACCUCGCAACAUUCAUCCCAAACUCAUUAAUUCAAACAAUUAAAAUGGCCCCCUCCGACCCCGUUAAUCCCCCGGGUACCCCCGCCCCCUCCCUCCUCGAAGGCCGUCUCUGGGUCGACGGCUGCUUCGACUUCUUCCACCACGGCCACGCCGGCGCCGUCGUGCAGGCCCGCCAACUCGGCACCGAGCUGUACGUCGGCGUGCACUCGGACGAAGCCAUCCUCGAGAACAAGGGGCCCACCGUCAUGACGCUGCGCGAGCGUCUGCUCGCCACCGACGCCUGCCGGUGGGUGACCAAGUCGGUCGCCUACGCGCCCUACGUCACGCAGCUGGACUGGAUCAGCCAUUUCGGGUGCAAGUACGUGGUGCACGGGGACGACAUCACGUCCGACAGCUCGGGCGAGGAUUGCUACCGGUUUGUGAAGGCGGCGAAUCGGUUCAAGGUGGUGAAGCGCACGCCGAGUAUCAGCACCACGGAUCUGGUGGGCAGGAUGCUGUUGUGCACGCGGACGCAUUUCAUCAAGGAUUUGGAAAAGAUGUUGGAGGGGGAGGAAGGGAAUGGGACGGCGGAGGAGAAGAAGAAGGUCGGGGAGGAGAUGAAGGAGAGGAUCAGGCUGUACGCGACGGAUGAGACGGCCAAAAACCCUGGUGCGAAUGUGUGGUUUUGGAAGGGGGAUGAGAAGAAGAAGAAGAAGGAGGAUGAGGGCAAGGAGGAGGAGAAGGGGGUGUUCAGGGAGUUGUUUGGAGGGAUUGGACCCAAGCCGGGGCAGAGGGUUGUUUAUGUGGAUGGAGGCUUUGAUUUGUUCUCGAGCGGACAUAUUGAGUUCCUGCGGCUGGUGACGCAGAAGGAGGAGGAGCUGGCGCGUCAGGAGGGGUGGUAUUCGCAGCAGGCAAUUGACGAGAGGAAGGGCAAGGGCGCGGAUUACGGUCCAGCGUUUGUGGUGGCUGGUGUUCAUGAUGACGAGGUCAUCAACCGCGAAAAGGGCGUGAACUAUCCCAUCAUGAACGUCUUUGAGCGUGGUCUCUGCGUCUUGCAGUGCAAGUACAUCAACGCCGUCGUUUUCGGCGCUCCCUUCAAGCCAACCAAGGGCUAUCUCACCUCUCUCCCCUGGGGCACUCCUGAUGCGGUCUACCACGGUCCGACCUCGUUCAUGCCGCACACCGAAGACGUGUACGCGGUUCCCAAGGAGAUGGGCAUCUACAAGGAGAUUGGCCAACACGAGUACAAGGACGUGAAUGCCGGCACCAUCGUCCAAAGAAUCAUGAAGAGCAGGGAUCUCUAUGAGGCUCGCCAGAAGGCCAAGGGCAUGAAGGCCGACAUCGAGGCCGCCCACCGGGAGCGCGAGUUGCUGGAGGAACAGCAGAGGCAGAAGGAGGAGGCCAUCGCCGCGCAAAAGGAGUAGAGACGCCGUACGCGGUAACACAAACCAUCGGCAUCCGGAGCAAGGGCAAAUCUCGACAACGGACUUGGAUAGACCGAGUCACGGAGAUGUAAUACGAUAGACGGCUUUCAAUAUGCCAGGGAAUGCGUAUGAGACACGAGCAUCAUAAACGGUGUCAACGAGGAGUGGACGAAGCUAGACUAGUACUACGUAAUGAUAGAGGAGGUUUGAAUAAUUCAAAAAAGCAAACGCUUGGAAAGUUCAUCAGAUCGUAUUCAAUAAGAGUCAUCAAGGGUGAUGCGCGAAGAUUUACCCCGGCACCACUUCAGAGCUUGACUCUAUUAUUGUGUUUCUCAUCACCUGAACUUGUGAAGCCCCCCAGAUCGUAGCAGAUGCUUUUACGUUUGUGCCAACCAAGACAAUGUGACAUGAUCGGAUGAACGGGUUGGGGACUUCCCGCGAAGUCUAGAGUUUCAAAAGAUGUCCAUCCAAACCACGUCGCAUGUCCAGGUCGGAACAAAACGAAGAAAGCAAAGAUGGAAAAAGAUGGGUUGUUGUGAAGCAACCCCCCUCGCACCAAGAAUAAGCCCCGUCGAGUAACUUCGCCGCAGCUUCCCCGAAGAGAAACAAGAGCGAGCAAUCGCAUAUCUGUGGUAUCGUGACGAAACCUCUCGAGCCACCGUCAAAACGCCCCAAGUCCGGACCACCCAAGCGGCUGAACCCGCCAUCGACCCCAGCUCCCCAGAUCAGGCAUCAAACUCGUCACCCGAGGCGCGGACUCAUAUCUUCGUCCAUGUGGUCCCCGAGCUCGGAAGAUGACACCCUCCCUGGAGAAGCAGACGAGGUCGACUUUGGUGUGACGGGCAGGGCUGGGCAAGACAGACGAGGAACUGGGCGGCCGAGAUCAGCCGCAGUGCUUCUAUGGCGGCGCGUUUCCGCAAUCCGUUCGCAAGCGAACGAAUGUCCGGGGACUUUCUCCCAAAGCUCGAGGAAAUGAAAGAAGCGCGCAAAAAAAGCGUGAUCUCUCCGUGUGGAAGCUUCGAAUAGCGAUUUGUCGG